CGGGUUAAUACUCCCCACCACCACAAAGAGGUAUUUGAGGGAUGGAGGCCCCGGAGGAAGUCCUUUAGGACCAAUCCCUCGGCUAUCCCAGAAGGAUCGUUCUUCUCUAACCCACUUUUGUCUCCACCAGGUGCUGCCAUCAGCCUCAUCCUCAUGCAACUAAACGUUGAGACGUCCGAUGCCCUGGUUGACAGGCAGGAUGCAAAUGCACAGGCGAGUCGGGAUCGCCCGCCUGCGUCGUAACACUGAUCGUCACCGCACCCUGCAGUUCUCCAAUAUAUAACCACGCAGAAACUAUGUCGUAUCGUCUCAACUAAAGUUGGCCACUGCACGACCAGACGAUGAAUGGCCCGAGUCCCAACAAACCGCCGACACAGAAGCGAUUGGCUUGUGACCGCUGCCAUGCUCGGAAGUUGCGCUGUCUGACAAAGACAUCGACGACACGAUGCUCUCGCUGCAUGCACGAUGGUUUCCCUUGUACAUAUAGCCCCCCACUGAAGUCGGGCCGGCCGAGGAAGGCCUCUCUAGCUGUGGACAAUAGGAGCUCUCAAGGCCAGCGAGGGGAGACUUCACCCUCUGAGGAAUCGAGUCUUCUCUCCGGUACCCGCAGUGAAAGUAUCUCAAGCAACAUCACCACCCCGCUUCCGGAUAUGACACAAUUCGAUGCAGCCUGCGACUUGAGCUAUCUUGCUCCUGAUUCGGAUUUUCUCUGCCACAUGGACUUAACUGGUGGCCUUGCAUCGAGCUCUCUGCCUUCGACAUAUCCCGCGACCUUAGACAGCUCUUCGUGGCUCGACUCUUUGAUACACAACGAGCAGCUGAUCAUCCCCGACCAAAGUCCAGAGAAAGCCCCAAAGGGCUGCAGUAGAGGGGCGAACGGAGACGACGACACGGGGAGUCCAGUGAUCAACCAACUCGAGCCAAUGGUAGACUCCUGUGCCAGCGACGGAAUCUCCGAUCUUGUCCAAACACUGUGUCGCCUGCAACAAGAACUGGCACACCUGAGACGACCCUCACGCGGCGAUGGUGGCGGACCAAGCACGACGCCACCAUCGCAAACUUCACCGAACCCCGUGGAUGCCAUACUGCGGCCGGGACAAGAGCUGGUGGACACAGUACGCCAACUCUUUGACGAGUGUUCCAAGGAUCGAAGCACGGAAUCGCGGCGGCAAUUGAGCUGGGAUCGACGGACACUUCUUCCUUUAGUGUUCACCCCACUGUCGUUGCUGCUCUCGACAUACGGCGACAUGCUGCAAGAGGUCACGACAGUCCGGCCCCAGAGUCGCCAUGCAGCAGACCCAGUAGAUCACGACCGCCCGGGCGCCAAACAUUCUUUCAUAGCAUCUUCUUCUGGUGCAAGGGAGUGCGGCCAAUAUCAACGGCAAUAUCACGACAGGAGCUUUGCCCUGCCACCUUCACCUUCAUCUGUAUCCCCCGUCCCUCAUCAACCCUCCACCCUUAUCCCUGGAAACUUCAAUUUAUCACUGGGAGAGAUGAGUCUCGAUCGCCCUCUACAGCUCAUUAUCGUGACGACGGUAAUCAAACACCACCUUGCUCACUUGGAGCAUGCCCUACACGUCUACGAAAAGUUUCACAUGCACGAGUGCGAGUUGAGUCCCUCGGAGGGGUUUAUUCUCUCCGCUCUGGCGGAGAUAAGGUCAUACACGAGGUUGUUGAUCUCAGAAACAUCCAAGAUUGUACAGUAGCAAUACACAAUAUCCAAUAGUUAAUACCAUGGCAAAAGUGGCCACGUCAAUACCCUUGCGGAAACCGGGUAGGGCUGAGGCUAGUUCGGAGAUCAGCGCGGAUCGGACGGCUAGCAAUGGGCUGAUCUUGGUGGGGAUGUUUCAGGCAUCAGGAAUCUGCAAG